AUGGCCGCCUUACUGGACUUCCCUUUGGAAAACAUGCAGGGAUGCUUCAUGUAUUCCAAGUUCGUGGAAGAGUUAACGCGGCGGAUUAUGUCGGGAAGUCAGCAGGCUAAGAAGCGCGAGAUUCUUGAUUCUCCGAACUACGAAGGCUUUGGUAAACCGCCAGCGCUGUUUGACGUGACUCACUUCGAUAUCAACGCCGCGCAUGAGGGUCUUUCUGCGGCUCUAGCGUCAACUAACUCAGUCCGGUCUGGAGCAAAGACGUAUACGAUGCCUUUGCACCCAGAUGCGAUGAACACGAAUAUUGAUCAACUCAAGAAGGGACAAUCGAUGGUGCGGGAUUUCUCUCCGGACUCCCAUGGUUACUGGCAGGAAACCACCUCCACAAAGAAGGACAAGAAGAGCGAGACGGUCUGUGGAUUAUGUGAUAUUGCUCACCUGCGCACCAAAAGGAACAUUGGAAAUCAACCCAUAGGCAACAAUGCAGCAGGAAGUACAUCGAAACGAAGUGAUCCGCAUGCCACUAUCCGGGGAUGA